GAGCAGCUUGCCUGUGGAGCAGUGUUUGACGUUCGCUAGCAUUGUCUCAUCCUUCUGCGCUGAGGCAAAAGCUCGGGGCGCAGCUGCCUACGCGCCCAAACGCGGCUGUGGAGAGCUUUGUUUUCGGAAGGACUUGAUGCAUGGGAAUUGGUGCUUUUGGGUUUGGCCUUGCUUCUGUGUGCCUCUGUUUGCGCUGUCGGAGGGCGUCCGUGCCGGGAGGACUCUCUGCAGAAGAGGUUCAGCACAAUGAGUUGGCAUUCUGGGCAUUAGCAGCGUGAGGAGAACAGGACGGGUGCUGCCCUGCUCACCCCUCACCCCUCACUCAUUCUCCUUGGGGAGACGGGUGCUGGCGUCCCUGCCCUGCCCUUCCACCCCUUGCUCCCCGCUCGCCAUAGAGGGGACUGGCCCGUUAUGGCUGGGGACAGGCUCCCACGCAAGGUGAUGGACCCCAAGAAGCUGGCCAGCCUCCUGAGGAACGGAGCAGAGGGCACCCUGGUCAUCGACAGCCGCUCCUUCGUGGAGUACAACUCCUGGCACGUCCUCAGCUCUGUCAACAUCUGCUGCUCCAAGCUCGUCAAGAGAAGGCUCCAGCAGGACAAAGUCUCCAUCACGGAGCUCAUCCAGCCUGCCUCCAAGAUGAAGGUGGAGGCAGAGGACCAUCAGGACGUGGUGGUCUAUGACCAGAGCACGCGGGACGUGACCGGCUUGGCUGCUGACAGCUUCCUCUCCAUCCUCCUGGGCAAGCUGGACAGCUGUUUCCACAGUGUCUCCAUCCUCACAGGAGGCUUUGCCACCUUCUCAUCCUGCUUCCCAGGCCUCUGCGAGGGGAAGCCAGCUGCCAUCCUGCCGAUGAGCAUCUCCCAGCCAUGCUUGCCCGUGGCCAACAUUGGCCCCACGCGCAUCCUGCCGCAUCUCUACUUGGGCUCCCAGAAGGAUGUCCUGAACAAGGACUUGAUGACACAGAAUGGGAUAAGCUAUGUCCUAAAUGCCAGCAACUCGUGUCCCAAGCCAGACUUCAUCUGUGAUAGUCACUUCAUGCGCAUUCCUGUCAAUGACAACUACUGUGAGAAGCUGCUCCCCUGGCUGGACAAGUCCAUCGAAUUCAUUGACAAAGCCAAGGUGUCCAGCUGCCAGGUGAUCGUGCACUGCUUGGCUGGGAUCUCCCGGUCAGCCACCAUUGCCAUUGCCUACAUCAUGAAGACCAUGGGUAUGUCAUCAGACGAUGCUUACAGGUUCGUUAAGGACCGUCGCCCAUCCAUCUCGCCCAACUUCAACUUCCUGGGCCAGCUCCUGGAGUACGAGAGGAGCCUGAAGCUCCUCAAGGCCCUGAAGUCAAAGGGAGACCGGGGCGAGGGGGACGCCCAGCAGGACCCAGCAGAGGUGGCUGAGGGCAGCCGGCAUCCCCUAACACCUACCUCAGAGAAGGCCGAGGAUGUGCCGAGGAGCACCGGCUCGGCGCCCGCCCCCAGUGACCUCGAGUGGCAGGGUGGGACCCCRAAGGUCCUGUCUCCCACCACCCUGCAGCAGGGGCUCAAUGGCUUGCACCUCUCCUCSGAGCGCAUCCAGGACACCAACCGCCUGAAACGCUCUUUCUCCCUGGACAUCAAGUCUGCCUACUCCCCCGGCCUGCGGCAGGACCCCCCCGGGCCCGCUGGACCUGGGGAAGCCCCCAAACUCUGCAAGCUGGACAGCCCCUCAGGCCCGGGCAGCCUCAGCCCCUUCUCCCCCGGGGCGGACAGCCCCGACCGGCCCACGGGGCCCGAGCUGCUGCUGGAGGCCAAGGUGAGGCAGCGGCGGAAGCACCGGCACCCGGCGGGCUCGCCGGCCCACGGGCUCAGCCUCAACGUCGGCGGGACCUGCGCCACGCGCAAGAGCCCCGGYGCCGAGGACGGGCUGCCACCACGGCUCGGCCAGCCGCCCGCCGCGCCCGGCGCCACCAGCGCCACCGCUGCCUGGAGCGGGGUGCACCUGGAGUCCCCCAGCACUCCCUCGGGCGAGGCCGGCUGGUACUUUGGCAAGGACUCUGGUGGCGGUGGUGGCAGCGGCGGGRGCCUGUUCGCCAGCUCCGGCCCCUACCCGCCGCCGUUCGGCUGCGGCGCGGUGGCGGCCGGCUGUGAGAUCAGACUGAGGGACAAGGCGCGGGCCGAGCCRCGGGACGGGCGGCACAGCUGGCAUGAGGAGGCCGGCGCCGAAAAGCAAUUCAAGCGGAGGAGCUGCCAGAUGGAAUUCGAGGAGACCAUGUCCGAGGGCAGGGCUCGGGAAGAGCUGGGCAAAAUCAGCAAACAGUCCAGCUUUUCGGGCAGCAUGGAGAUCAUCGAGGUGUCCUGACACUCAUCCAGGGUGCCUGGAGACCUGGGACGGGGCUGGGRCGGGGGAUAUUUAAGCUGGGGGGAGCGGGAAGGGGGGCGGCAGGGUGGGGGGUGUAUUUAUACUUGCGCGUGCAUUUUCGGGAGCGCAAGCGCUGAAGCCGAAGUGAAAGUGGAUGAGUCUUUCCAGAGUCGGGAAACAUAGUGGCGGAUGCUUAGUGUCCCUCCGGCACUCGCCCUCGUCCUUCCCGCCCAUCCCCAGGGCGUCCCUGCCCUCGGGGACCUGCACGCAAAAUUUGGGCCUAAAACUCAAGUGGGAAGAGGCAGGGGUUGCAAUUUUGGCUGCAGUGAUGGGACACAGCACCUGGAGGGGGGGACCACUGCUGCCGCUUUUGUGCACCCCAGUGCACUAAGCAUGCUCCCCUGUGUUUCUCUGGCUAAGUAUCCUAAAAAUGCUGCACUGGAGCAGCCCUAUACAUAUAUAAAUAUAUAUUAUAUAUAAUAUAAAGAAAAAAAACGAAAACACACACACAAAAGAAAAGGUAAAUGGUUUUACUGCGAUUUUUAUUGAGACGUAAAUAAUAUUUCAAUUUUUUUGUUUUGUUUUUAAUUUAUUGAAGCUGUUCAUUCUGGCAAUGAUUUGCAGACAAUGUGGGGCGGUACUUUCAGCUCUAUUUUUACUGUGUAUGGUAUUUAAAUCUGAAAUACGAGUUUCUAAGCAAUA